UGUUAAUCCUCCAGGCGGACACCGGGGCGGGGGGGGGAGAUGGGGCAUAUAGGUGGCGUCCGCCCGUGAGAAACACCUAAGCGCAGGUAAAAGGGUGGCGGCCAGAGGGAGUUCCCACCUGUUGCCGUUCUUCCAGAAAUGAAGACUUAAGAAAAUACCAAGGAGGGGCCGAUCGGUGUCUUUCGGACGCGCCUGUAACCCCACCCUCGGUCAGAGGAAAAGCCCCUGGGGUGAGAGGCAGGAGCUUCAGAAAAACCGAGAAGAAAAGCAGCUCCCUCCGCGCGCCGCCUUUUCUGCCUCGCACUCCGGCGCGGCCGGCCCAGCCUGCGCCCCGGUCGCGGCCCUUCACUCCGCCGCGCCCUGCCACCCCGGCCUCUAGGUGCCUCGGCCGGCGACCUGCCCCCGAGUCCUCCGAUGGCGCCAGCCCGAUCCACGGGCUGCCUGAGCGGAGCCCUCUGCUGGCAACUCCUGCUGACCCUCUCGAUCUUAACAUUUGCCUGUGAUGCCUGCAAAACGGUGACACUACAUGUUCCCUCUAAACUGGAUGCUGAAAAAUUUAUUGGUAGAGUUAACCUGAAGGAGUGCUUUAAAUCUGCAAAUCUAAUUCAUUCAAGCGAUCCUGAUUUCCAAAUUUUAGAAGAUGGUUCCAUCUAUACAACAAAUGCUAUUCUUUUGUCCUCAGAGAAGAGAACUUUUACCAUAUUACUUUCCAACACAGAGAACCAAGAAGAGAAGACAAUACCUGUCCUUUUAGAGCAUCAAACAAAGAUUCUAAAGCAAAGGCAUUCUCAAGAAAAAGUUCUAAGACGUGCCAAGAGAAGAUGGGCUCCUAUUCCUUGUUCAGUGCCUGAGAAUUCCUUGGGUCCUUUCCCACUUUUUCUUCAACAGAUUCAAUCUGAUACGGCACAGAACUACACUAUUUACUAUUCCAUAAGAGGACCUGGAGUGGACAAAGAACCUCUAAAUUUAUUUUACGUAGAGAGAGAUACUGGAAACCUGUUUUGUACUCGUCCUGUAGAUCGUGAAGAAUAUGAAUCUUUUGAGCUAGUUGCCUUUGCAACGACUCCAGAUGGAUAUACUCCAGAAUAUCCACUGACCCUUGUAAUCAGAAUUGAGGAUGAAAAUGAUAACUACCCAAUUUUUACAGAAACAACGUACACUUUUAAAGUUUCUGAAAAUUGCAGAGUUGGUACGACUGUGGGACAAGUAUGUGCAACUGACAAAGACGAGCCUGACACGCUGCACACGCGUCUAAGGUACUCCAUCAUUGAGCAGCUGCCAGCAUCACCCACCCUCUUUUUUAUGCAUCCAACUACAGGCGUGAUCACCACAACAUCAUCUCAGCUAGACAGAGAGCUAAUGGAUAAAUACCAGUUAAAAAUAAAAGUACAAGACAUGGAUGGUCAGUAUUUUGGUUUGCACACAACUUCAAAUUGCGUCAUUAAUAUUGAAGAUGCUAAUGACCACUUGCCAACAUUCACUCGUUCUUCUUAUGUGGCAUCAGUAGAGGAAAAUAGGAUUGACGUGGAAAUCCUACGUAUUGCUGUCGAAGAUAAGGAUUUAAUUAAUACUGCUAAUUGGAGAGCUAAUUUUACCAUUUUAAAGGGCAAUGAAAAUGGAAAUUUUAAAAUUGUAACAGAUCCCAAAACCAAUGAAGGAAUUCUGUGUGUGGUUAAGCCACUGAAUUAUGAGGAAAAACAGCAGAUGACCCUGCAAAUUGGUGUAGUUAAUGAAGCUCCAUAUGUUGGUAGUGCAAGAUCAGCUAUGAACACAGCGACAGUCACCGUUAAUGUAGAAAAUCAGGAUGAAGGCCCUGAGUGCAGCCCUGCAGUGCAAACGAUUCGAAUUAAAGAAAAUUCACCAGUGAGAACAAAGGUCAAUGGAUAUAAAGCAUAUGACCCAGAAACAAGCAGUAGCGGUGACAUAAGGUAUAAGAAAUUAAGUGAUCCAGAAGGGUGGGUCACUGUUGAUGAAAACUCAGGAUCAAUUGUAAUUUUAAGAAGCCUGGAUAGAGAAGCAGAGACCAUCAGAAAUGGUAUAUAUAAUAUUACAAUCCUUGCUUCAGACAAAGAUGGGAGAACAUGUACUGGGACACUGGGGAUUGUACUGGAGGACGUGAAUGAUAAUGGCCCGUUCAUACCUCAAUCGAGAGUGAUAAUCUGUAAAAGCACCAUGGCAUCAGCGGAGAUUGUUGCUGUAGACCCUGAUGAACCCAUACAUGGCCCACCCUUCGACUUCGCUUUGGAUGGUGUUUCUGAUCCAGAUGUAUUUAGAAUGUGGAGACUGACAAAAAUUAACGAUACAGCAGCACGUCUUUCCUAUCAGAAUGACCCCCAGUUUGGACAAUACACAGUACCUGUCAGAGUUACGGAUAGACUUGGCCAGUCACGCAUCACUCAGUUAGACGUUGUAUUAUGUGACUGUAUUACUGUAAAUGACUGUGACAUUCGUGCAAGUCCGAUUGGUGGCAACGGAGGAGUGAUACUUGGAACAUGGGCCAUCCUUGCAAUAUUAUUGGGCAUAGCAUUGCUAUUUUGUAUCCUGUUUACCUUAGUCUGUGGGGCUACUGGGACAGCCAAAAAACCAAAAGUAUUCCCUGAUGAUUUAGCCCAGCAGAACCUCAUCGUGUCAAACACUGAAGCUCCAGGCGAUGACAAAGUGUAUUCCACGAGUGGUUUCACCACCCAUACCAUGGGCGGUUCUGCCCAGGGAAUUUGUGGCACCAUGGGAUCUGGAGUGAAAAAUGGAGGACAGGAGACGAUUGAAAUGGUGAAAGGAGGGCACCAGACCUUGGAGUCCUGCCAGGGGGCUGGGCAUCACCACACCCUGGAAUCGUGUCGGGGAGGUGGACAGCACACCCUGGAUUCCUGCAGAGGAGGACAAGUAGAGACGGACCACUGCAAAUACACUUGCUCCGAGUGGUACAGUUACACGCAGCCCCGUCUUGGCGAAAAGGUCCGGCUGUGUAAUCAGGAUGACAGUCAUGCGCACGCUCAAGACUAUGUCCUUACAUAUAAAUAUGAAGGAAGAGGAUCAGCAGCUGGUUCUGUGGGUUGUUGCAGUGAACGGCAAGAAGAAGAUGGGCUUGAGUUUUUGGAUCAUUUGGAACCCAAAUUUAGGACACUAGCAGAAACAUGCAUGAAGAGAUGAGCGUGUUCUAAUUUGUCUACAGACGCCAGUAGCUUUAUUGUCUUUUGUUUUUUUUUAAUUAGUACCAGGCAGGCUUUUUAAAAAAUAGAAGAUGCUAUGUUUGGGGCUUUUCCGCCUUGAUUUUGUUGGGAUCUCUUUUAACCAGAUGCACAUUUGCAGAGGGAUGCUAUAAAUAAGUACACAAACUUCCCAUUUUUAUGUAGUUUUUAAUUACUUGUCGUCCACCUAAGGACACCUGCAGAUAGCAAAAUUAAGGAAGUCUGCAUUAUUGUUUACAUUUGGGUAUAAGGACAGCAGCCAACUGAGAGUGCAAUAAAAUGUAAUUAAUUCAAGUCUACAACAUAGAUUACUUGAAGUAGAACCGAAUGGAAAAUUGUAGAGGCCUUGCUUUACCAGUAUCAUCACCUAAUUAAUUAAUUGUUUGAGUGGUGCUAGAAGACUGCUGUUCUAAACAUUCUAAAGUGUAUAUACUGCAUUUUUAAUAUUGUUUUAGUCUUGAGACAUGACUUUCUUCAUAAUGCAAAUGGAGAUUCCCAACCAAGCGUUGACUAUUAUAAUUCCAUUUUAUUGGAGUUUACUUUCUACUUUGUAUUCCCUGAAAUCCAGCACUGAAUUUACAUUUCCUCUGUUACCCACCCUCUCUGCAAAAUUUAAAUUUAAAAAGUGCUUUAAGAAUGUAUUUUUACUCCUGCAAGGUUUUGGUCUUUGGUUCUUCAUUCAUCUUUCUGUCUUUCUCUCUCCUCCUCUCUUCCCCUCUCUCCCCUCUCCCUCUCUUUA